AUGGCCCCGACCCUGCUGCAGAGGCUCUUCAACAGGAAGGGCGGCGGCGGCUCCGCGGCGGCGGCAGCCCCGGGCCGGGCGCCCCGGGAGGGGCCGGCCUUCAGUUGGUCAUGUUCAGAGCUGGACCUGAACGAGAUUCGCCUGAUCGUUUCCCAGGACUGUGACAGGAGAGGCAGACAAGUCCUGUUUGAUUCUAAAGCUGUCCACACGACGGAGGAGGUGGCAGCUCAGAGAACGGAGGACCUCCCUGUGAAAGUGCCGGCCAAAAGCUGCCUAGGAGGCGGCCCUGCUGCUCAUGGCCCUUCAGGGGGAUCUUUACCACAUGCCAAGGAGCAGCUUCCCAAGUACCAGUACACACGGCCCGCCUCUGAUGUCAACAUGCUCGGGGAGAUGAUGUUCGGCUCGGUCGCCAUGAGCUACCAAGGCUCCACCCUGAAGAUUCACUAUAUACGUUCUCCUCCGCAGCUGAUGGUUAGUAAAGUCUUCUCGGCCAGGAUGGGCAGUUUCUGUGGGAGUACAAACAACUUGCAAGACAGCUUCGAAUACAUCAACCAAGAUCCUAACCUGGGGAAACUGAACACAAAUCAGAAUAACCUGGGUCCCUGUCGGACCGGAAGUAACCUAGGUGCGCUGCAGGGAUGCGGCGGCAAGCUGCCGCCAGGGGCGGCCGAGGGAGGACCUCUCCGGCUCAGCCGCAGUGCCUCUUUCUUUGCAGCACAUAGCACCCCGGUUGAUAUGCCGAGCAGAGGACAGAACGAAGACAGGGACAGCGGCAUCGCCCGGUCAGCCUCCCUGAGCAGCCUUCUGAUCACACCAUUCCCGUCUCCAAGCUCCUCCACCUCCUCGUCCAGCAGCUACCAGCGCCGCUGGCUUCGGAGCCAGACCACAAGCUUGGAAAACGGCAUCAUCCCCAGGAGGUCAGUGGAUGAGACAUUCAGCUUAGCUGAAGAAACCUGCAGUUCCAACCCGGCCAUAGUCCGGAGGAAGAAGAUUGCCAUAAGCAUCAUCUUUUCACUGUGCGAGAAGGAAGAGGCACAGAGGAAUUUCCAGGACUUCUUUUUUUCUCACUUCCCCCUGUUUGAAUCUCACAUGAACAGGCUGAAGAGUGCCAUUGAAAAGGCCAUGAUUUCCUGCAGGAAGAUAGCAGAGUCGAGUCUCCGUGUCCAGUUCUAUGUCAGCCGUCUGAUGGAAGCUCUGGGGGAGUUCAGAGGGACGAUCUGGAGCCUGUACUCCGUGCCCAGGAUCGCCGAGCCCGUGUGGCUGGCCAUGAUGUCCAGCACCUUGGAGAGGACCCAGCUGUGCCAGCGCUUCCUCAGGGAGUUUACGCUCCUGAUAGAGCAGAUCAACAAGAACCAGUUUUUUGCUGCCCUGCUGACUGCAGUCCUAACCUACCACCUGGCCUGGGUACCCACCGUCAUGCCCGUUGACCACCCACCCAUCAAAGCCUUCUCCGAGAAACGCACCUCUCAGCUGGUCAACAUGCUGGCCAAGACACACCCGUAUAAUCCUCUCUGGGCGCAGCUGGGCGACCUCUACGGAGCCAUCGGCUCCCCGGUGCGGCUGACGCGCACGGUGGUGCUGGGGAAGCAGAAGGAUUUGGUGCAGCGCAUACUGUACGUGCUGACCUACUUCGUGCGGUGCUCAGAGCUGCAGGAGAACCAGCUGAUGUGGAGUGGGGGCCCCGCGCAAGGCGAGCAGAUACUGCACGGGAGCAGCAUCACCACUGCCCUGGAGAGGGGGGAGGUGGAGGAGUCUGAGUAUGUGGUGGUCACGGUGAGGAGCGAGCCUGCCCUCCUGCCGCCCACCCUGCCUGUGACCACGGCUGAGGGGUUGGCUGGGGUCCCGGUGGACGCUGACCCCAGAGACCUGUGUCCCCAACUUGAUGGAGAAGGAGGCGGGGCCCUGGAGAAGAGCCUGACAGCCCACGGCGCAUGGAGACCUCAGGGUGCAUCGUGCAGGGAGGAGGAGAGUAAGGAAUUCCCUCGAGGCGGCUCUGCAAGGCUCCCCAGUGGUGCAGGUGUGGGCACGGGGCUGAAGAUGAGCCCUCCAGCCAUUGGGGCGGAGCCAGGAGGGGAGGUGCCCAAGAAGCUGCCAGACCGGUCAGCGGCCAGGCCAUGCCCUGAUGGACGUUUCCGGGACAGGCCGCCCUGGGAAAAAGUCACCUUCCACAUCGGGAGCUCCGUGUCUCCGGAGUCGGACUUUGAAAGUCGCACCAAAGCAAUGGAGGAGCGGCUGCAAGCCUGCAGGUGUGCGGAGCCAGAGCCGGCGCAGGGACCCCCGGCCAGGCCUGGUGCGGCUGCCGACCCAGCCCAGGAGGGCCGGGACCAGCGCGCUCCAACAUGCUCCCGGUCCCCUGGGGCAUCUGGGGGGGCCAGAGACGUCAGGACCGAGGCUGCCGCGGAGGUUGCUGGGGUGCCAGAUGCACGUGCCACCUGCGCACCUGCCAACCCCGCAGGCGCGCUGGCGAGGCCGGGGGGUCUGGGGGGCAAGGACGCAGACGCGCCCGCGAUGAGCGGGUGCACCGCUCCUGUGCCUGGUGGUGAUGCCAGCUUCAGGGUGGAAGGUGGCCUCCCCCGGAACGAGAGCUCCGACAGUGCCCUCGGAGACAGUGAUGACGAUGCAUGUGCAGCGGCGUCGCCGGACCUGGGUCCUGGAAGUGAUCCUGAUGCGGACCGUGACCAGAGCGAAGGGUCGCUAGAGGUGGAGCUGCCACUGCCCAGGUCUCAGAGCAUCAGCAACCCCAAUGUGAGAAACUUCGGCCGCUCCCUCCUGGCGGGAUACUGCCCCACGUACAUGCCGGACCUGGUGCUUCACGGGACCAGCAGCGAUGAGAAGCUGAAGCAGUGCCUAGCAGCCGACCUGGUCCACACGGUCCAGCAUCCCGUGCUGGACGAGCCCAUCGCCGAGGCCGUAUGCAUCAUCGCAGACACAGACAAGUGGAGCGUCCAGGUGGCCACGAGUCAGAGGAAGGCAGUGGACAGCACGAAACUCGGCCAGGACGUGCUGGUGUCAAGUCAGGUGUCCAGCUUACUGCAGUCCAUCCUGCAGCUCUACAGGCUUCACCUUCCCGCCGACUUUUGCGUCAUGCACCUGGAGGACAGACUGCAGGAGAUGUACCUGAAGAGCAAGAUGCUGUCCGAGUACCUUCGAGGACACACACGUGUGCACGUGAAAGAACUAAGCGUCGUGCUGGGGAUCGAGUCCAACGACCUGCCUCUGCUGACGGCCAUUGCGAGCACUCACUCUCCUUACGUCGCCCAGAUACUCUUGUAA